AUGGAGACCAGCACCGACGACAAGGAGAAAACGACGAACAGUCGUCCCGAGUCUCCUCAAACGCAGUUGCCAGGCGAGGAUCAAGCUGCCAAGGCUGCUCGUCCAGAGAGAGAAGCCGAGUUCAAGGACUACCUACGCAUCUUCUCGUACGCAACAAAAUGGGACUAUGUCUUGAUGGUUGCUGCCGCGUUGGCCUCUCUAGGCGCUGGAACCGGCGAGUUCGAACACUCCCUCAACAGGCUGUCUUUGUUCAUCUUCAUUCUUUUCAUCGCUCGUUUUACCUUGAACUAUGUCAGCAAGUUCUGCUUCCGCCUGAUUGGAAUUCGAAUGUCGGCAGGGAUCAGGCUUGACUACCUGAGAUCUCUAUUCGGCCAAUCCAUCCAUGUCCUGGACUCAAUGCCUCCUGGCGCUGCAGCAGGUACCAUCACAUCUACAGCAAACACCCUUCAGCUGGGCAUAUCCGAGAAGCUCGGCACUUUUCUCGAGUUCCUGUCGACGAUUGUGACCGCGAUCAUCGUUGCCUUCACGUUCUCCUGGGCGUUGACCCUGGUGACUGGCAGCGUCAUCCUCUUCAUUGCCCUCACACUUAGUGUCUUGCUCCCAUUCAUCAUCAAAGGCCAGUCCAGGCUUACUAGGGCCGAGAUAAAAGCAGGAGCUGUUGCGUCCGAAGCUUUCACCAGUAUCAGAAUGGUCGCUGCCUGUGGUGCCGAGUCAAGAGUUGCAAAACGAUAUGCUCAUUGGGCUGAUGAGGCGAAAAAGCACGGUCAAUUUACAUCACCCCUGAUAGCAAUCCAGUUUGGCCUUGUGUUUUUUGGCCUCUACGGCGCAUUCGGCCUGGCCUUCUGGUACGGUACCAAGGCCUUCCAUGAUGGGACAAUUGAUAGCGUGGGAACCGUCAUCAUUGUCCUAAUGUCUGUCAUGAUGAUGGUCAUUUCUCUCGAGCGCAUGUCCACUCCUAUGAUCGCAGCCUCUAAGGCAAUGGUAGCCGCUGCCGAAUUCUUUGCCGUCAUCGACGCACCUCGACCUAAGACGGGUCAUCUCAAAGCUCCAGAUGUAUCUGCUUCUGAAGAUAUUGUGUUCAAGGGAGUUGACUUUGCAUACCCUGGGAGACCUCAUGUAAAGGUCUUGGACGACCUGGACCUGACCAUUGAGGCUGGCAAGGUGACAGCAAUUGUUGGGCCAUCUGGUUCCGGUAAGAGCACAAUAGUCGGCCUGGUAGAGAGGUGGUACACCCUUCACGACCAAUACAUAAUCGCCAAAGCAAUCGAAAAAGAUCCGAAGAAGAAAAAGGCGGCCGAGACCAAGCCUUCCUCCGAGUUGCCAGCAGCAGGAGAGAAGAAGUCCUUCUGGGCUCGCCUGAAAGAGAAGCGUGAAGACGCUGGCGAGGAUGAUGAAGACGAUGCCGAUUCCGCAGGGGCAGUUGAACAAACGGGACCGCGCGUUGAACUCAAAGGUACAAUUGAGACUUCGGGACAUAGCUUCGACGACAUCAACUUGAAGUGGUGGAGAGCACAGAUUGGGUUGGUACAACAGGAGCCUUUCCUAUUCAACGACUCAAUAUACGCCAAUGUUAUGCAUGGGCUGAUUGGAACCGAAUGGGAGAACGAGCCAGAAAACGUCAAGAAGGAACUUGUGCGCGAGGCGUGCAAAGAGGCCUUUGCUGACGAGUUCAUUGAUAGACUCCCAGAUGGUUAUGAUACACAAGUGGGUGAUUCAGGUACCAAGCUUUCUGGCGGUCAAAGGCAGAGACUUGCCAUCGCGCGGAGCAUCGUCAAGAAGCCUAAGAUCCUCAUCCUAGAUGAGGCCACCUCAGCCAUUGAUGUCCGCAGCGAGAAGAUUAUUCAAGUCGCGCUCGAGAAGGUUUCCAAAGGUAGAACUACAAUCAUGAUUGCCCAUCGGCUCUCGACUAUUCGAAAGGCAGACAAGAUCGUUGUUCUUCAGAAGGGCAAGCUGAAGGAGCAAGGUACCCACGAGAGCCUUUUGCAGAACGAGGAAGGCGUUUACGCUGGCCUUGUCAACGCUCAACGGCUCGCUCUAGGUGGCCAAGACGGUGAAGAGGAUGAAGGGCCAGAAUCCGAAGAGGACAUUGACGCCAUUUUGACUCGCGAGAAGAGCGCCGCACAGGCAGAUGCCGAAGUCACUCAGAGGCUUACCAGUUGGAAGGCCAAGGGCCUGAUUGGCAGCUUUGGACGGCUUCUAUACGAGCAGAAAAGCAAAUGGCCGACCUAUACGAUCACUGUUAUUUUUGCCGCCUGUGCAGCUGCUUCUUUUCCACUCCAAGCGUACUUGUUUGCUCAGAUUAUUGUCGUGUUCAACUACACUGGAGAAAAGUUUCUUCAUGAAAGUCGCUUCUGGUCUCUCAUGUGGUUUGUUCUCGCUAUUGGCAUUGGCAUUUCCUACCUCAUUCUUGGCUAUUCUGCCACACAGCUUCAAUACUAUAUCUGUGCCACCUAUCGAAAACAAUACUUCGAGGCCAUGCUCUAUCAGAAGACCGACUUCUUCGACGAAGAGGAAAACUCCACAGGUAGUCUCAGUGCUCGCGUCGCGGGAGAUCCGAAACAAUUAGAAGAGAUGCUUGGCAUGAACAUGGCCAUGGUCUACUCCUCUAUGUUUCAACUCAUCGGGGCACUGAUUAUUUCAUUCGUCUAUGGCUGGAAACUUGCCCUCGUUGCUCUCUGCGUUACCGUCCCGCUUGGCCUAGCCGCCGGCUUUUUCAGAUUAAAGUACGAACUGCAGUUCGAAAAGAUGUAUGCCGCAGUCUUUGCCGAGUCUUCGAAAUGGGCAGCUGAGUCCAUCGGUGCAUUCCGCACCGUCUCUGCCUUAACUCUCGAAGAUGUUAUUACCGAUCGAUAUGAAAUGCUCCUCAAUCAACACGUCGUCUCAGCCUACAAGAAAUCUAGAUGGUCAACUCUUGUCUUUGCCUUGUCUGACUCCAUCGGCUUGGCUUGCCAGGCGCUCAUCUUCUGGUAUGGCGGACGACUACUGGCAACCAGAGAGUACCAACUCUUGAACUUCUUUGUCUGUUACAUGGCCGUUAUCCAAGGCGCUGAGGCCGCCGGCCAAGGAUUUUCCUUUGCCCCGAAUGCCGCCCAGUCCACAGGAGCGGCGAAUCGUAUCCUCAGCAUUCGAGAGUCGCGGAAUAGAGAUGAGGCGGAUGCCAAGAUUCCUGAUGUGGAGGGUGGUGCCAAAAUCGAGUUCCGCAACGUGGGCUUCAAGUAUCCGACGAGAAACGUGUCUAUCUUCAAGAAUCUCAACAUCACGAUCGAGAGAGGACAGUUUGCUGCUCUUGUCGGUGCUUCGGGCUCAGGCAAGACGAGCAUCGUAUCUCUUCUAGAGAGGUUCUAUGAUGUUCAGAAAGGCCAAAUUCUGUGUAAUGGGACAGAUAUCAAGGAUGUAAAUGUCUAUGAGUAUCGGAAUCUCCUCUCACUUGUGGCGCAGGAGCCCACCUUGUUCCAAGGGACUAUCAGGGAGAAUAUCCUCCUUGGAGUCGACCCUGAGGAAGUCACUGAGGAACAGAUCCACCAGGUCUGCCGUGACGCGUCCAUCCAUGACUUCAUUGUGUCGCUGCCAGACGGAUACCUCACAAACGUCGGCUCCAAGGGCGUUGCCCUCAGCGGCGGUCAGAAACAGAGACUAUCCAUUGCCCGAGCAUUGAUCCGCAACCCACAGAUUCUCCUCCUGGACGAGGCAACGAGCAGUCUCGACUCGGAGUCGGAGAAGGCAAUUUCCGCAGCGAUUCAGAAGGUGGCCGUUGGCCGCACCACUGUCGCUGUGGCACACAGGCUCUCUACAAUCCAGAACGCAGAUAUCAUAUAUGUCCUGGGCGAGGGCCACGUCCUUGAGCAAGGGAAUCAUGCCGAAUUGUUGAAGAAGAGGGGUGUCUACUGGAAUAUGUGCCACAGCCAAGCUCUCGAUAGGUGA